AUGCUGAUCCACCGGGCCAUAGCUCGCAGCUUGCGAGCACGGCCUCACUCGAGCCUGGCGUUUUGCGGAUAUGUUUCCCCUAUAGCUUGUCGAGCAGUUCCUGCUGAACUGAGACAUAAUGGUUGUCCACGUCGGGCAUUCAACACAUCAAGACCAGCGCCUGCCGUUGAGAGUGUAUUUCACUCGCAACUCGAAGAUCCCUCGAACGCAGCAAUCCUCAACUCCCUCAAAACCUCUCCGCCUGUACCUCAGACCUUGACCGAGAAGAUUGUCCAGCGCUAUGCCGUUGGCCUCCCGGAAGGUAAAUAUGUCACCUCUGGCGACUAUGUCACAAUUGCACCACACCAUUGCAUGACUCACGACAACUCCUGGCCCGUCGCUCUCAAGUUCAUGUCUAUUGGGGCAACCAAAAUCAACAACCCUCAACAAGUGGUCAUGACCCUCGAUCACGAUGUGCAGAACAAAUCAGAGAAAAAUUUGACCAAGUACAAACAAAUCGAAGAGUUUGCGCAGAAGCAAGGUGUGGAUUUCUAUCCUGCUGGAAGAGGAAUUGGUCACCAGAUCAUGGUCGAGGAGGGCUAUGCUUGGCCAGGAACACUUGUGGUUGCUAGCGACUCGCAUACGAACAUGUAUGGUGGUAUCGGGUGUCUUGGGACUCCUGUGGUUCGGACGGAUGCUGCCAGCAUUUGGGCUACUGGACGGACGUGGUGGCAGAUCCCACCUGUCGCAAACGUGGUUCUUAAGGGUGUCCUGCCAAAAGGUGUUACUGGGAAAGACGUGAUCGUAGCACUUUGUGGACUGUUCGACAAAGACGAUGUAUUGAAUCAUGCCAUUGAGUUCACAGGCUCCGAGGAGACGAUGCGCAGCCUGCCUAUCGAUUCUCGACUCACGAUUGCGAACAUGACUACUGAGUGGGGAGCUCUUAGCGGGCUGUUUCCUCGAGACUCGCUGCUGGAGGGUUGGCUGAGGUCAAAGGCCACAAUGGCUGCUCUAGACAAAGCGGAGGGUCGUGCCGGCAACAAUCGCUUCACGCAUGCACACAUUGAUGAACUAUUCCAGGAGAACCUGAUGGCCGACAAGGGUGCAAAGUAUGCAAAACAGCUUUACCUUGACCUCAAUACCUUGUCGCCUUAUGUUUCUGGGCCGAACUCUGUCAAAGUAGCAACGCCUUUGGUGGACUUAGAAGCACAAGACAUCAAAGUCAACAAGGCAUACCUGGUUUCGUGCACAAACUCGAGAGCUUCGGAUCUUGCUGCAGCCGCUAAAGUGUUCAAGGAUGCUGCGGAGAAGAACAACGGAGCUAUACCAAAGAUUGCCGAUGGUGUAAACUUCUAUAUUGCUGCAGCUUCACUGCCGGAGCAGCAGAUAGCAGAGGAUAAUGGUGACUGGCAAGCCCUUCUCGACGCAGGUGCCCAACCUCUGCCUGCUGGAUGUGGUCCGUGCAUUGGGCUCGGGACUGGUUUACUCGAACCAGGCGAGGUCGGCGUCAGUGCUACGAACAGAAACUUCAAGGGACGUAUGGGAAGCACAGAUGCAAAGGCUUAUCUUGCCAGUCCCGAGGUUGUUGCUGCAAGUGCUUUGAGUGGCAAGCUCAGUGGUCCAGGCUGGUACGAGAAGCCGGAGGGCUGGACUGGUGUCCUUCGGGGUGAAGGUGAUGGCAUCCGGGAGGAGGACCGUAUGAUGACGGCUGACGAAGCAUUGGACAAAAUUAUCGGUCAGCUAGACAGCAUGAUUGGAGCAGCUGAGAAGGACUUCGGUGAAUCCAAUGAGGAAGCAACCUUAGUAGCGGCUACAGAAGUCUACCCCGGCUUUCCUGAGCGUGUUGAAGGCGAGAUCGUCUUCUGUGAUGCUGACAACAUCAACACAGACGGAAUCUACCCAGGUAAGUACACCUACCAGGAUAAUGUGCCAGUCGAGAAGAUGGCCGAAGUGUGCAUGGAAAACUACGAUACCAAGUUCUCCCAGCUCGCGAAGCCUGGUAAUAUCCUGGUGGCUGGCUUUAAUUUUGGGUGUGGUAGCUCAAGAGAACAAGCUGCAACCGCCAUACUUGCCAAGAAAAUCCCACUCGUGGUUGCAGGUAGUUUUGGCAACAUCUUCUCUCGAAACAGCAUCAAUAACGCGCUAAUGGGACUCGAAGUUCCUAAGCUAAUCGAGAGGUUACGAGAUACCUUCAGUGUCGCACCAAAGACUUCGACUCACGAGAUUACUGAACCAUUUGGAAACAAGGAGGAUCAGCAAAGUCUCGACUCUACAACUCCUGGCCCCUUGAAAACGUUCGAGAAACAGCUAUCUAGGAGAACUGGCUGGAAGCUAGUUUGGGAUGUCAAAAAGAGCCAAAUUCAGGUUACCGAAGGUGAAGGUGGAAAGACGUGGACGGAAAAGGUCGGCGAAUUGCCACCGAAUGUGCAGGAGAUAAUCGCGAAGGGUGGUCUGGAAAAAUGGGUACAGAACGAGAUCGGAAGUUGA